AUGUUUCUGUCUCUUCCUACAUUGACUGUCCUUAUGCCAUUGGUCUCUUUAGCAGGACUGUUACACUCGGCCUCUGUGGUGUGCUUUUACAGUCUGCUCUUGUUGAUUACCUCACCCAUUUAUGUGUUCUUCCACCUUUGGACUUGGUUGGGUAUUAAACUCUUCAGGCAUAAUUAAUACAACCAGAGCCAAGAUGGUAUAUCCUAAGGAUAUGCUUGAGUGUCUGUCCCUGAAAGCUCAACUACAUGGAAAUACUGGAAAGCCACUUAAUUUGCAAGAAAGAUGCUUUGCCUAGCUUCUGUCAGAGGUUUAGGACUAUGGGAGGCUUAAG